AUGCCUCCCAUAAAGCUCCAUAUCGACGAUCCGAUAACCCCCAAGAAAGCAGACGGCGUGACACCCAAGACGUCUGACGCUACGGCGCCACCAUCAGCUAUCAAUGCAACCACUACACAAGGACAGUCGCCAUACCCCGCAGCGCAACCCGGCGCUGCAGCAGUGCCAGCUCCCACCCCGUACGCACCGCAAGCUGGCCCGCAAGGGACACCUACGAGAACAACGCAGUCUUCGAACAAUUAUGCCCCACCACCGCCGCAGCCUGGCGCCGUGCCUGCCCCUUUCGGACAACAGGCGCCUGUAACCGCGAGCCCACUGCCUCCUCCACCGAAAGCUGGCGAGUCAGCUUCUGUGACCACGAUGCCAGCACAGAUGGGCGUACCACCCCCACAGCAGAACUACACACCUACACAUAGCACCUCGACCUACAGCCCUCAAGAAAGAGCAGGUGGACCUACCACAAUCAACUUUGGCGCCGUACCAGCGCCCACUCAGACCAGCGUGGGAUCUCAUCCUCCUGGCUAUCAUCAGAAUCUCAACGCGCAAGAGAUGAGCUCAGCGCAGCGAGCGAGCCUGGACGCUGAAGAAAGAAGAGGUAGCUAUGCUCCGAACUUGGGCCUCGGCGGAGAUAGCUCGAACGACUUUUCGGCGGGUAGUGUGUGGAACACGAUGAAAUCGUAUGCUACGUUCGCCGGCAACAAGCUAGCAGAGACGGAGAAGGAGGUAUGGAAGAGAAUCAACAAGGACUAA